AUUUAUGGCUCAAGUGGCGGUAUAGUGACGCCGAAGCAAUAGGCUUGGCAACAAAGUACUUACCGAAGCUAAACUCUAGCCCUAUAAAUACUUAAAUUCGGGACUCUGCAAUUUCUCUUUAAACGAUCGGAAGGAAGAUUUUAAGAAAACCUGCCAUUAAAUCUGUGAAUUCGAUACCCAUUUGCCAGGUUUAUCUCUUCCAAUUCACCGCCCUCUCAGAUCCCCUCUUGAGGCUCUACAAUGGUUUCUGAUGCGAGCAAGCAGAGGGCGGCCGCCAAGAAGGCAGCCGCUGCGGCAAAGAGGGGUGCCAAGUCAGCGGCAGUCACGGCGCCCAAGUCAGAGGCGGCAUCGUCUACGUCAGUAGAGCCAUCGCAGAAUGGCAAAGCUAUCGCCAGCGUGGACAAAACAGCUGAAGAAAUAGCUUACAUGACUAUAUCUGAUCGGACAUGUACCGGUGUCCUUUGUUCUCAUCCUCUUUCUCGAGAUAUACAUAUAGAAUCCUUGUCAGUUACAUUCCAUGGGCACGAGUUGAUUGUUGAUUCAGAGCUUGAGCUGAAUUAUGGAAGACGCUAUGGAUUGCUUGGACUUAAUGGAUGUGGAAAAUCAACACUUCUUACAGCUCUAGGAGUGCGAGAGCUUCCCAUACCAGAGCAUAUGGAUAUAUAUCAUUUGACCAGAGAAAUUGAGGCUACUGAUAUGACUUCACUUGAAGCUGUAAUGAACUGUGAUGAAGAGAGGCUUAAGCUUGAGAAGGAAGCUGAAGCUUUGGCUGCGAAAGAUGAUGGAGGUGGAGAGGCUUUAGAUCGAAUAUAUGAACGUUUGGAUCUCCUGGAUGCUGCUACAGCAGAAAAGCGAGCUGCUGAAAUUUUAUUUGGCCUGGGUUUUACUAAGAAAAUGCAAGCACAAAAGACCAGAGACUUUUCUGGUGGCUGGCGGAUGCGAAUUGCACUGGCACGUGCACUAUUCAUGAAUCCUACAAUUUUGUUACUUGAUGAGCCUACAAAUCAUUUAGAUCUUGAAGCUUGUGUUUGGCUUGAGGAAACUCUGAAGAAAUUUGAUCGUAUUUUGGUUGUAGUAUCACACUCCCAAGACUUCCUCAAUGGAGUUUGUACAAACAUUAUUCAUAUGCAAAAUAAGAAGUUGAAAUUGUAUACAGGAAACUAUGAUCAGUAUGUACAAACACGAGCUGAGCUAGAGGAAAACCAGAUGAAGCAAUAUAGGUGGGAACAAGAACAGAUUUCUUCAAUGAAGGAAUAUAUAGCUAGGUUUGGACAUGGUUCUGCAAAGCUUGCCAGGCAAGCACAGAGUAAAGAAAAGACACUAGCAAAGAUGGAAAGAGGUGGGCUAACAGAAAAAGUAGUCAGAGAUAAAGUAUUAGUGUUCCGGUUCACUGAUAUUGGUAAGCUUCCCCCUCCAGUGCUUCAGUUUGUGGAGGUGGAUUUUGGAUACACUCCUGAAAACCUCAUAUACAGAAGUGUUGAUUUUGGAGUUGAUCUUGAUUCACGGGUAGCGCUUGUUGGUCCAAAUGGAGCUGGAAAGAGUACUUUGCUGAAACUAAUGACUGGUGAUUUGACUCCAUUGGAUGGCAUGGUGAAGCGCCAUAAUCAUCUCCGAAUUGCUCAGUAUCACCAGCAUUUGACUGAAAAGCUAGAUUUGGAAAUGUCUGCUCUGCAGUUCAUGAUGCAUGAAUAUAAUGGUAUUGAUGAAGAGAAGAUGCGUGCAGCAAUUGGAAAAUUUGGACUCACAGGCAAAGCACAGAUUAUGCCCAUUAAAAACUUAUCUGAUGGACAGAAAAGCCGUGUGAUUUUUGCAUGGCUUGCUUGGAGGCUACCUCAUCUGCUUUUGCUUGAUGAACCAACUAACCAUCUUGACAUUGAAACCAUUGAUUCCCUUGCUGAAGCACUGAAUGAGUGGGAUGGGGGACUUGUUCUGGUUAGCCAUGACUUUCGGCUCAUAAACCAGGUUGCCAAAGAAAUAUGGGUGUGUGAAAAUAAGUCCAUAACUAGAUGGCAAGGCGAUAUUAUGGACUUCAAGCAGCAUUUAAAGAGCAAGGCUGGCCUGUGAGUGCAUUUGCCAUCUGUGCUUUUGUGCUACUGGAAGUUAGUUUUUGAAAGACAAGCAUAUACACAGUUUAUUUUACUAUAUGUAGGAUUUAAGACUCCUUUGUUGUAGGCUUAAGCAAUUCUAUUGUAUUGGUCUAGAUAGAUGUUCUAGGGUAAAAUUAUUAAAACCUUUGUUGAAAAUUUGAAACCAUUGCUCGUUAUUGUUUAUGGUCUCAAGGAACUAAGAGUUUGUUGCCAUUUUUUUGUUGAAGCCAGCUAUUUAUUGAUAUAUAGCUUGUGCAUCACAUGCAUUUGGAAAGGGAAAACUGACACAGAUUAUUUUUAAAAGAAUAUAUAUUACAGUAUUUGAAACAA